AUGGAUGAUGCCUUGCAUGCUUUGUCCUCGUUGACUGCAAAGAAGAGAACUACCACCUACAAAAAAGUUGCUGUUCCCAUACUAGAUGAGAACGAUAAUACUAAUGGAAAUGGGCCCAAUGACAUAGACAAUCCGCCAGAGUUGACUGGGAACGGGUUUUUAUUUGCCAAUGCCACAUUAAAUCGUGUUAAGAACAGAUUAGAAGGCAAGAAAGCACCCGAACAGAAUCACAAUAAUGGAAAAGAUAGGAGUGAGAAUUCGUUACCAACUCAAUUAAUCUCUAAUCUUUACGAUGGUGGUGAAGAGCUGGAGAAAUCCGAAGUUAAAGAUAAUAGUUACAGUGAGAAAAAUGUCUCUUCUUCAUUCACGCAGACGCAAAGAAUACCUGUCAGCAUCCAACAAGACAAGGUGUUUAACGUACCUAUCCAUUCCGUUAAUGACGGGAAACCCACCCAAUUAAUCAAAGAAGAUGGUCUCGUCAACGAAACUUCUCAAGCGCUGAAAACACCUCUCACGACAGGACGGCCAGGGGCUACACAGCGUAUAGAUAGCAGCGGUGCAACCUCACAAACUCAGCCUAUAAAAUCAAUUGAACCACAAUCCCAAAUAAUUACGACUUCCAGCAAUCAUUCUAAUGCUCUGUCGCCGAAAAUUCCUAUAAUUCCAACGGAACUUAUUGGAACUAGUCCUUUAUUUCAGUCCAUUCAAAAUCGUGGUCCUGACACCCAAAUGGAUGUACCACCACAGACUGCGCAUGAUGAGGAUAAGACACAAGCAAUUGGUAUUCCACAGGCUACGCAUCAGGAACAGAAAACCCAAAUAGAUACAGUCGCACAAACACUUCAAGAUGAAGUACCACACACAUUAAAAAUUCGGGAAAUACAAAGCGAAUUGGCUUCAGAAGAUUCUAAAAGGGAAAAAGCUAGAAAUGUCGAAUACAAAAAACCGCAAAAGCCAAUACCAACCAAAAAAUUUUUUUCUAAAGAGUCUUUUCUUGCUGAUUUUGACGAUUCGUCCUCAAAUGAGGACGAUGAUAUAAAGCUGGAAAAUGCACAUCCAAAACCAGUACAGAAUGACGAUGAACUGCAUGAGAACAAAAGUGUUGAAUUAAAUCUAACUGAUGAGACAAGAAUAAAUGAGAAAAGGGUUCCACUAUUGAGCUCCUAUGCUAAUAAUUUGAAACGGGAAAUUGACUCCUCGAAAUGCAUAACACUGGACCUCGACAGCGACAGUGACGAAUAUGGAGAUGAUGAUAUGGAUAGCAUUAAAUUAUCCAAAGAUGAAAGCGUUUUGCCAAUCUCUCAGUUAUCAAAGGCGACUAUAUUAAACCUGAAGGCAAGACUCUCUAAACAAAAUCAAAAGUUGUCUCAAAGGCCGAAUAAAAGUAAAGACCCAAAAGUUGAUCAUAAUGUACUAUUAAAUACCUUAAGGAAAGCUAGCAGGAAACAAAUUCUGGAUCAUCAGAAAGAAGUGAUUGAAACGAAAGGUCUGAAGCUGGAGGAUAUGGCCAAAGAAAAGGAAAUAGUAGAGAACUUGCUAGAACAAGAAAUUCUUAGAAAUAAAAGAAUCAGACAAAAAGAGAAGAGAAGGGAAAAACUUGAAGAAAAUGACUUUCAAUUGAACGCCCAUGAUUCCGGUUCUGACUCAGGGUCAGAGUCUUCUGGAUUUGCAUUGAGUGGUAAUGAAAUUGCCGAUUAUGAAUCAUCUGGUAGUGAAAAUGACAAUCGUAGAGAAUCCGAUAGUGAAAAGGAAGAUGAUGAAAUUAUUCUAAAGCAAAAAAAAUCCCACCACGUGAAACAUAUCAUUAACGAAUCAGACUCUGAUACCGAAGUCGAAGCCAAACCCAAAGAGAAAGCUGAUGAAAGUCUACCGAAAAGGAUCGCCAUUAAUCUGGGCCAUUACGGUGAUAAUAUCGGAGAGGAUACCGACAAAUUUCAAGAAACCAAUGUUCUAGAUACACAAAACAUUGAAGAGGUGAUGGCCGAAAGAAAUACAAUCGAAAAUGAAGUCAAAGAUGAUGUAUACGUCAAUGAAGAAGCUGAUGAAGCAAUUCGCCGUCAGCUGAUUGACAAAGAGAAAUUGCAACUAAAACAGAAAGAAAAGGAGCACGAGGCUAAGAUAAAAGAGUUGAAGAAAAGAGGUGUCACAAACUUCUUUGAAAUGGAAGCCGAAGAAUCCGAGGAUGAAUGGCAUGGUAUCGGUGGUGCAGAUGGAGAAGGAUCUGACGACUAUGAUUCUGACCUAGAAAAAAUGAUCGAUGAUUAUUCCAAGAACAAUUUCAAUCCUCAUGAAAUCAGAGAAAUGCUUGCCGCAGAAAAUAAGGAAAUGGAUAUCAAAAUGAUAAACAAAAUUCUUUAUGACAUUAAAAAUGGAGGAUUUCGUAAUAAAAGAGCAAAAAAUAGCUUAGAGCUAGAACUAAGUGAUGAUGAUGAAGACGACGUACUACAACAAUAUCGUCUCAAAAGGAGAGAAUUGAUGAGAAAAAGGAGAUUAGAAAUUGGCGAUGAUGCAAAGCUUGUUAAAAACCCAAAGUCGAGCGCAUUUUUUGAAAGUAUGGUGGAAGAUAUUAUCGAAUAUAAAAACCCCUUCGGGGCUGAAGAGGAAUAUAACCUAGACAUUACAAGUACGGCUACUGACCUAGAUACUCAGGACAAUAGCAUUAAUGUAGGUGAUAAUACGGGAAAUAAUGAACAGAAACCUGUAGAUCAAAAGAACAAAAAGGUUAUCAUAUCUGAAGACUUUGUGCAGAAAAGCUUAUCCUUCCUAAAAAGUAAUAAUUAUGAGGAUUUUGAAACGGAUAAGGAGCUAUCAAGGAUACAACAUGGCAAUGAUGAAGCAAUUGAAGAUUUAUAUACCCUAAAACAGAAUAGUUCGAUAAAGUCAUUCACAAAUUCUCAAACUGAUUCGACCACUUCAAAAACAGUAAACACAAUAAUUGACUUAGAAAAGCGCCCAGAGGAUGAAGAUGAGGUGGAAAAUGGAGAUACAUCACUAGUUGGCGUUUUCAAACAUCCAUCAAUAAUCAAAUCCUUUGCGUCCAGAACAGACAUAAAUGAUAAGUUUAAAGAAGGUAACAAGACAGUCAAGAUUCUAAAGUCUUACAAGACAGUGGGGAGUUCAAAAGCUUCUAUCACAUAUAUGGGGAAAACGAGAAAAUUAAUAGCACCAAAGAGGAAAACUGAAGGGAGCCACCGCUACCACCAUGACCAUCAUAAUAAAAAAAUGAAAAUGAAAACGAAAACAAAAUCGAAUAAACUUUUUGAAAGCGGACAAGAUAGCUUUGAUAAUUAG